AUAAGGAGACUUUUUUGUCACCGUCAGUUUAUUCCUUCCCUCUAUCUGCUAGCACCGCCGGCGUGGAGAGAGAGAGAUUAGAAUGUCGGAAGAGAAACUGUCCGAUUCCCUCAUUCCUCGCCUCCAACAUACCCUAUCUACAUGCUCUCAAUUGGUUGAAGCCGGUGACUUUACCAAUUCUGAUCAAUCAAUCACCGCCCUCGUCGAUUUCCUUAAUCCCAUCUCAGUCUCAGUAUUAGAAGAACCAUCAAAUCUGGAUUUGGAGACAACAUCAUUCCACAUUCUUACUGAAAUUCAUUGUUUCAUAACUUCACCAUCGACAAAUCAGGAAGUUAUUGAUGCUUUAUCGUUUGAGUUGCCCAAACUAGUGUGUAAAUUUGCACUCGCUUCCAAAAGAUGCUCCGAGGUUGCUGAACGUGUUAUUGCUCAUCUAGUUACUAUGUGUUCUCCUCGUGAAAUGCUACCAAUUCUUUGCGAGGCGUUAAGUUCCCCAAGUGAAAUGUUCAGGGUUCCUUGCUAUUUUUCUCCUCUUAUUGGUGGCCUUGCCAAAGUUAUAAUACUCAUCCAAAGACGGCAAUUUGAGCAAGUGAAAGCUGCAAUUCCUGUUAUUCUUGGUGUUUUAAAGUCUGUGUCCUCAGAGGCAGAUGAGGAAGACAAAGACACUGAGGAAUUAUUCCAAAAAGCAAUUGCAGUUGCAGAUUCAAUACAAGCUGUUUGCAAAAAGUUGGAACAGAAAGAUCAGGAAAUACUCUGUGCUUUAUUGGGCAUGUUUGUCUUAGAAGUCACGGCUCUUGCUUCAAUUGCAAUGGGACAUAACAUUUCAAGUCUUCUGCCCAUUAUGCUACACCUGUCAUACUUUCUUCCAUUCUGUGGUUUAUCAUAUGUGGGAUUAAUUACUGGACCUGAUGUUGAUAAGUUCACAACCAUAUGUGGAGAUGACGGGGACGAUAGAAUGGCUUACUUUUCUCAUGUCAAACAUGGUGGAUCACUUGCAGUAAUCUGGGUUUACAAAUCCAAUGAGACAUCAGCUGCUGCUGACGCAGAUUUUGAAGCAGUGAAAAAUGAACUUCAAAUGAACCAGACUAAAAGAUGGCUUGCAAUAGGCAUGUUAAAGUAUGUCUUCUCAAGUGUUGACCUAUCAUGGGAAUUGAAAGCGCAUGCUCUUGAUUUCCUGCUUUGCAUUAUGGAUGGAUGUGUACACCAAGAAAUUCAAAAUGAUAAUAUGGACCACUCCACAUAUAUGCCUACUCUAUAUACGGCAUUGCAGGCGAUUGAAUUGGUCAUUAUAUAUGCACCAAAUGCUGUUUUGCGGAAGAAAUCUUUUGAUGCCCUGAAGAAGGUGCUUGCAGAUAUUCCAAGUUAUUUAAGGUUUGACAUCUUAAAGGCUUUGAUACAGAAUAGCGAGUCUUCUUCUAUGAUUGCAAUCCUUUUAGAUUGUUUCAGAAGGGAAAUGCAUGAGGAACAUAGUAGAAGCAUCUCAGUAACAAGUGAAGUCUCAGGGGCAGAAGUGAAAUAUUCUCAAUGCCUAUCAUUUUGGCGUGCUGGUGUUCUGGAACUAGUGGAGCUGGUUCUAAAGCCUCCAAAUGGUGGCCCUCCAUCCCUUCCUGAAUACAGUGAUGCAGUUCUAUCAGCUCUCAAUCUAUAUCGGUUUGUAGUGAUCAGAGAGUCAACAGGGAAAACCAACUAUACUGGAGUGCUCUCUAAGGACAAGUUACAGAUGGCUUACAACGAAUGGCUUCUACCUUUACGUACGUUAGUGACAGGAGUCGUGGCAGAAAAUCAGCAGGAUCAUGACCAUCUAGCAUCGGACACAAUGUGUGCCUUGAACCCCAUUGAGUUAGUUUUAUAUCGUUGUAUUGAACUCGUUGAAGACAAUCUGAAACAUGCAUAGCGUUAUUAGCAAUCUGUAACGGUCACCUGGUAAUCUUUUCCAGAUUCUAGGAACAAUAGAAAGAAAUUUGCAAUUAUUCGUUUCUGUUA